AUGCUGGGGCUGCUGCUGCUGCUGCAGGUGCUGGCGAGCUGCCUCUGGCUGGGACACAACGAGGUGGUGCACAACUUUAUAAAUCCAUGUGUUCGGUUUUUCUAUGCACAGACCCCCCCACGUGGUGGCAUUCGUCCAACAAAUGCAGCCAGGAUCUGCCAGGUCUAUCAAAACCAAUAUCGCUUUGUCACCCUGUAUGACAGAACCAAUAGAAUUCCAGUGUACUCUGCUUACAUCUACCAGCCUGGACCUGGAAACAGAUACAACUCAUGGUUUGUUGAGCCCCAGCUGAUCAACCAAAAGUAUCGCAAGGAUAUGGAUGAAGAGAUUGCAAUCAUACAACAAUACAAGAUCAAUUCAACAGUAAUUGCCCAGAGUCAGGCUAUUGACAAAGACUACAGUGGUGCCCCGGGUCUGGACCGUGGUCACUUGUGUCCCAGUGGCCACCAGACUGGCAUUGACAAGACGGCUACCUUCACCCUCACCAACAUAGUGCCCCAGUACAUGGGACUCAACCAGGGUGCCUGGCAUGACUACGAGGAAAUAACGAUGCGUGACAAAACCCGGGGCUGUGACACCACCUAUGUCAUCACGGGCGCUGUGCCUGGGAACAGAAGCAUCUCCAAUGGGAGGGUUAAUAUACCCAGCCACAUCUGGUCAGCUGCCUGCUGCCUGAAUAGGAGAAAGCCCAUAAAGGCUUGGGCAGCCAUUGCUGAGAACCAGAUAGAAAGGAACCAUGUGAGGAACCUGGACCUGGGGGAGCUGGAGAACAGCUGCCACGGGCAGAGCAGCAAGAGCCCUGCCUUGUGCCAGCUGGGCUGCACAGAGAUCCAGGAGAAGAUUGUGCUUUGGAGGAGAACAGAGUGA